AUGGAUGCGGCUUUGCACCUGCCAGCGAAGCCAGCGGCCUUGGGGUUCUUCUCGGGCUCGCUCAUGUGCAGGAGGCGGUGGCGUGAGCGGCUUCCGCUCCUGAAGGGCUGGAGAGAUCUUGCACUUGUUCAAGGCCACGGCCGAGGAGACUGGGCAGUGGGUGUCAAUGGCGGUCGCUGGAUGCGGGACUUCUGCCGCGAUGAGAUUGGGAUGCAGCAGGCAGAGUACCAUGAGUUUCAAGGAGGCCACACGAUUCCGCCUGACUUAGCCGACCGCUUUAUCGAGAUGCUGCUCCGUGCCUCUCACGCAGCAGCUGCUUGA